AUGUCGUCCGCCAGCAUCACAAUCACCACCCUUCCCAAAUCCCACCCAGACCCCUCAAGAUUUCACCACCUGACAAGCCUCUACAAAUCCUUUCGCCUCCUCUCCCUCCGCCUCUCCCCAGAGUCAUUCGGCUCGACGUACGCCCGCGAAGCCGCCUUCCCCUGGGAGACAUGGACGUCGCGUCUCGAGAACCCGCUGGCGACAACGGUCGUCGCCUAUGAAAGUCCAUCGUCGGACCCCAGCCUUGCCCUUGACAACGAACCACCCUCGGCAAGUGCCAAACUCGACGCGUCUAUGGACGCGGAAUGGAUCUCCUCCCUAACCAUCAUGGGCCCGCUCAACCCCUCAACCCUCGCAACAUCCCUCCAUCUCGACCCCGACCUCGUCGACUUUGGCCCCGCGCAUGCGACAGACAAGCCGACUGCGAACUACGUGCUGAACGGGAUGUACGUGAUCCCCUCCGCAAGGGGCAGGAAACUGGGCAUCCACACGCUCGAGUACGCCAAGAACCUGGUGGCGUCGGAAGCGGAUUCGCACGGCCAGCAUGCGCGAGUCUCGCUCAUUGUCGACUACGACAACGUCUCGGCGAGGAGGACGUACGAAAAGUGCGGUUUCGAGAUUGUGCAUCGGUACUGGUUUAACGACUAUCGCGAGGGGAGAGAGGCGCGGACCGAGGCGGCGGUCAUGAUGCUUGAUCUCGAAAAUGAAGGUGCCCAGCAUGUCAGAGACGAUGAUUCAUGA